AUGACUCCUCAACAUACCGGUGCGUUGUGUCACAUAUCUCCGCGGGAUUUCUUUGCGGUCAGAAGCAAGAAAGAGGUGAUUCUUCAAUUCAUCCAUAAUUACACUGAGUACCUGUAUGCUUGUUUGAAACCGCUACCGCAUCUGUUUUGCGUUCUCAAGAAUCUCGAAAUUAAUUGCUGCAACUACGUUGCUUCUGGUUCCGCUAUCCGCAACACCGACGUGCAAGCCUGA